UUUUGAAUUCAUGGGUUUUAUCCACAGCGGAAUCUUCUUUCUCGUUGCGGUAAUUCAUAAUAAAAUUGUUUAAGCAAGUAGCGAUCUCAGUACUGAAAAAGACAAACUUGCAUGAGUAGUGCAGAUCCCUGUAAAAAAUUCGCUUGCAAGCUGCAGAAAUGUUUGCGUGAAAACGUAUAUCAGCCAUCCCGGUGUGAAGGAGUUAUCGAGGAAAUUAGACAGUGUUGUAUCAAGCAUCAUCAGGAGUCGACUACGUGUGAGGGAAUAGACAUUUCAAAACCAUAUGAGCACAACACCGUUGAUUAUAAAAAGAUUUCACGUACAACAUGACACCUAAGGUGCAAAGAUUAUCUUUUGCAGCACGUAAUGCAAAACCUAUUGCGGUCGGAUGUACUAUCCUUGCAGUUACAGUAUUGUUUGAAGAACCAGUACGUCACAUAUUUUUGAGUAAACCCAAGGUAUCAACUGAAGAAAUAACGCAAAAGUAACGAGUACAUUAAUUGCAAAGUUUUUGUUGAUUUACUUGUAAAGUUUCAA